AUUAAUGUGUAUAAUAUUUUUAAUUUUGUUAUUUUUUACAAACUUUGGUUCGACUAUUUAUUUUAAAAGGAGCCCUUUUAACUACCUUUCAUUCUUACUGGACAAUUCAUCAGGUUCAGGCCGCGACUCAUUUAGCAAUGGCCCACAACUUGAUAAAUCUAGUCAAAAAAGUAUUAAAAAGAAGACUGAAACUGAAAACGUUUUAAACCCAGUAACAUAUGAUAAGAUUCCUGUUUUUUGUGGUAAAGACGAUUCUGAUUUAUUAAAAACUCCCUAUAAACAUGGGAAUUAUACAUAUUUCAUGGAUUAUGAAGAUGCUUUGGAAGUUGUAAAUAACUAUUUUACCCAUAAUAGGCAAGAAACUAAGAAUCAUUUUGGCGUUGUAGAGUGUAUUAGCCUUAAAAAAUGGUUUGAAAUGGUCGAUCCUUCAAAAAAACGUAUUAAAAAUUAUAGAAUUCCUAAGCUUUUACCCUCAAAACAUCAAAAUGAUAAAUUGGUAUAUAAAUUGAAGAAUGGAGGUUAUCAAGUUCCGAUUCCAGUGUAUUAUUCAGUGGAGUUUGUGGUAUCGAAGAGGAAUUUUUGGAGCUUUUUAACUGGUACAAAAUCUACGAGAAGUAUGGUAUACUUUUUUAAUUACCAGGAUUUAAUGGAUGAAAUUUUAAGGAUAGAAGAUAAGGCUGAAAGGAACAAAGCCCUUGCCAACAUUAACGUUGCCUCUCUCCUUACCCUUUUAACCAGAAAAGAUGUUGGGGAAAUUUUAUUUGUUCCAAGCAGUCAAAAUCGUAAUGCAAUGGCCGACUUUACCCGUGAUCCUACACCGUGGUUUUUAUAAUCCACACUUUUUUAUUACCACUCAUUAUUAAUAUUUUUUAAAUAAAUU